AUGCUGGUAAAAUAAUUCCAUCAGCAUUUUAAGGCUCUAUUGCAAUUGAAUUACAGACUGCUUAGAAUGAAGUAAGACUAGAGAUUACAGCUAUACGAGGAGUUUUAGGAGAGAAUACAUAUUGAGUCAGGGGCUAUUCACAAUAUUCUGCAGCAUCUCGAUACUAAUAUGAAGUCUCUUGACUUAAUUUCUGAUAAAGUGGCUAAGAACUUAAAACUUACUUGUGAUAUUGUGCGAUAAGAACAAUUUUACGCAGUUGAAGCUGUUCAGGCAGCCUAAGAAAGCCAUAGUUUAAGAGAUAUAUUUAACCAGCUUGAAGGACAAAAUAAUCCGUUCAACAUUGGUGGUGUAGGAUUUGGGAAUUCGGUAAACAAUUAAAACAGUCAAUUAGAUGGCUUAACUGGCAAUUUUUCACAUCUAGGAGGAGGAAGUACUGCUGGAAUGAGAUUUAGUGGAGCAUAAAGCCAUGGCUAGAGAUUCGAUAGUCUUGACUUUGGUAUUUUGAAUCUUAAUCAAUAAUAAAGUAAUCGAUUCCCUACUCUAGAUAACAAUAACAUUGGGGGAAUAACUGGUACUGGUGGUAAUAGAACCAACAUGAUACUCAACCAAAUUGAGGGGCAUUUCGAGCAGGUAAAUAACUAGAGGAUUGGCACAUCAUAACAUAAUAGCAAAAGCUUGAUCUAAAAUCCUUUCUUCCAAACUGCUCUCUCUGGUCAUUAAUCAAGUCACAGUCAUCAUCAUUUUGAUAUGAAUUUUGAUCAUAAUCUUGAUCUCAACCAGCCUAAUCAAUUUCCCUUGAUACAAUAUGAUCCUCCAAUCGAUAAUUCAAUCAACGUAUCAGAAAAUAAUGAUGACAUUCUAUACUCUCUGUUGGAUGAACAACAAAAUAGUAAAAUCUUAGGACUUAAGACUUUGUGCAAAGAUACAUUCAAAGAGCACCUAUAUGAUAUGAUAGUAGAAAUAAAGUAAAAUGCUGAAGCUAAACUCGCAAAGCAAAAUUAGCUGCUAGAAGAUGUUGAUAAAUUUCUGGCUUAAAAUUGA